UGCUGGUUGGAAAUAUACGAGGCGGAUGUUUCUCAUGAGCAGCAGACACACAGCCGUGCGUCUUUGCGCUCAGAGAUCAUAUAGUCCAGAUCCACUCAUCGCGUCUUUCUCUUGUUUCUUUUUCUUUUUUUCUUUCCCCACAGCAGCCUCACCUGUGAAGCUACAGCGGAGGACAGCAGAGCUCCUCAGCGGACACUUUGCUGACUGACAACCACCGGGACGGACGGACAGACGGACAACUCAGUGUACUUUUACCAUGGAGGACAGCCGGGAAGAUUAACUUGCAGCAGCCUACAGUAUCCGCAACCAGACUGUCUUCGAGGAGAGCGGUCUUCGCAAUGAUCCGUUAAAAUUCCUUCCGCCAAUGCUUUCUUUGGAGAGUGGAUAGACCAUCUCCUAAGAACAGAGGAGACGAGCAGAGAGGCCUUUUGUUCGUUUAUUUCAGUCCUCAGAUGGACCGAGUGCCCUCGGCACUGGCCGCUAAGAUGCGCUGGAUCACGCUGGUGCUUGCCGGCUUGACUUUCUGGGGCAAAGUGACUAUUUGUAACUGUUUCGACUACGAGGAGCCAGACUAUGAUUACUAUGAGGAGGAGCGAGCGGAGACCAUUGACUACAAAGACCCGUGCAAAGCUGCUGCAUUCUGGGGCGACAUCGCUUUAGACGAAGAGGACCUGCGCAUGUUCCAGAUUGACCGGACGAUAGACCUCACACAGCACACACACAUGCACACACACUCCCGGCAGGGGCACACGUCUGGUGGCCUGGAAGAACAUGCAGUUUCUAAGAAGAGCGGAUCUUUAUAUCUACUGCUUGAUAGAAUUCGCAGGUUUGGCUUCGACUAUCUCCCCAAGAACUCCAGCAAGGGAGCUGCCACUCACAAGAGCCAAACUGGGAAAGGCUGGAAGACUGGGAACGUUGUGAAGAGCCGUAUUCGUCGAGCGGCCACAUCCCGAGCUGAGAGGAUAUGGCCUGGAGGAGUCAUUCCCUACGUCAUAGGAGGAAACUUCACUGGUAGUCAGAGGGCCAUGUUCAAGCAGGCCAUGCGUCACUGGGAGAAACAGACAUGCGUAACUUUCAUUGAGAAGACAGAUGAGGAAAGCUACAUCGUGUUCACCUACAGACCCUGCGGGUGUUGUUCCUAUGUGGGUCGUCGAGGCAACGGGCCCCAGGCUAUCUCCAUAGGCAAGAACUGUGACAAGUUCGGCAUCGUUGUGCACGAACUGGGCCACGUCAUCGGCUUCUGGCACGAGCACACGCGGCCUGACCGUGACGAUCAUGUGACCAUCAUCCGCGACAACAUCCAACCAGGACAGGAGUAUAACUUCCUCAAGAUGGAGCCAGGGGAGGUCAACUCUCUCGGGGAGCCAUAUGAUUUUGACAGCAUCAUGCACUACGCCAGGAACACCUUCUCACGAGGGAUGUUCCUCGACACCAUCCUUCCAUCCAGAGAUGACAACGGAGUCCGGCCAGCUAUUGGCCAGCGAACCAGGCUCAGUAAAGGAGACAUUGCACAGGCAAGGAAGCUGUAUAGAUGUCCAGCGUGCGGAGAGACGCUCCAAGAGUCAACGGGCAACUUCUCGUCUCCUGGUUACCCCAACGGAUACCCUUCUUACACACACUGUGUCUGGAGAAUAUCUGUUACACCCGGAGAAAAGAUUGUUCUUAACUUCACCACCAUGGAUCUGUAUAAAAGCAGUCUGUGUUGGUACGACUACAUUGAGGUUCGGGAUGGAUACUGGAGGAAAGCUCCACUGCUCGGCAGGUUUUGUGGAGAUAAAGUUCCUGAAGUCUUGAUCUCCACUGACAGCAGGAUGUGGAUUGAGUUUCGCAGCAGCAGCAACUGGGUGGGGAAAGGCUUCGCUGCCAUUUAUGAAGCAAUCUGUGGAGGGGAAAUCACCAAGGACUCAGGACAGAUUCAGUCCCCCAACUACCCUGAUGACUACAGACCAUCCAAAGAGUGUGUGUGGAGGAUCACUGUGUCUGAGGGAUACAACGUCGGGCUCAGCUUCCAGGCCUUCGAGAUUGAGAGGCACGACAGCUGCGCUUACGACUACCUGGAGGUUCGAGAUGGUCCCCUGGAGACGAGCGCUCUGAUUGGUCGAUUUUGCGGCUACGACAAACCUGAAGACAUGCGCUCCACCUCGCACACACUGUGGAUGAAGUUCGUCUCAGACGGGACGGUUAACAAGGCCGGCUUUGCUGCUAACUUCUUCAAAGAGGAGGAUGAGUGUGCCAAGCCAGACAAUGGAGGAUGUGAACAGAGGUGUGUAAACACUCUCGGCAGUUUCAAGUGUGCCUGUGAUCCGGGCUACGAACUAGCUCCUGACAAGAAGAGCUGUGAAGCGGCAUGCGGCGGUCUCCUCUCUAAGUUGAACGGGACCAUCAGCACUCCCGGUUGGCCGAAAGAGUAUCCGCCCAACAAGAAUUGUGUGUGGCAGGUGGUCGCUCCCACUCAGUACCGCAUCUCCAUGCAGUUUGAGGCCUUCGAGCUGGAGGGAAAUGAGGUGUGUAAAUACGACUUUGUGGAGGUGCGCAGCGGCCUUUCAUCCGACUCUAAGCUGCAUGGUAAAUACUGCGGCACCGAGGUCCCUGAGGUCAUCACCUCUCAGUAUAACAACAUGAGGAUUGAGUUCAAAUCUGACAACACAGUCUCCAAGAAAGGCUUCAAGGCUCACUUCUUCUCAGACAGUCUGGCUCUGUGUCAAGAGCGUAUGAUUGUGUUUGAGUCAUGCCAGGACAUUAGGCGCAGUCGCUCUCCCACCCGUGGCCAUUUCAACAACAAGCUGGCAACCUCACCAAAGGUCAGAGACAAAGAUGAAUGCAGCAAGGACAACGGCGGCUGCCAGCACGAGUGCAUCAACACAGUGGGCUCUUACGUUUGUCAGUGUCGCCAUGGCUUUGUGCUGCAUGAGAACAAACAUGACUGUAAGGAAGCUGAGUGUGAGCAUAAGAUCCACAGCCCCAGUGGGACCCUGAGCAGCCCUAACUGGCCAGACAAGUAUCCCAGCCGUAAGGAGUGCACCUGGGACAUCACAGCCACGCCAGGACACCGAGUCAAGAUAGCCUUCAAUGAGUUUGAGAUCGAGCAGCAUCAGGAAUGUGCAUAUGACCACCUGGAGGCCUUCGACGGGGACAGUGACACGGCAACCAUCUUGGGUCGAUUGUGUGGCAGCAAGAUCCCGGAGCAGCUGGUCUCCACCGGCAACAAGAUGUACCUUCGCUUCAUUUCUGACGCCUCAGUACAAAGAAAGGGUUUCCAAGCUACACACUCCACAGAGUGUGGAGGUCGUCUAAAAGCAGAAGCUCGUCAGAAGAACCUUUACUCUCACUCCCAGUUUGGAGACAACAAUUAUCCGGGUCACACUGACUGCGAGUGGCUGCUGAUGGCCGAGCAGGGCUACGGCAUCGAGCUGAGCUUCAUUACGUUUGAGGUAGAGGAGGAAGCAGACUGUGGUUAUGACUACAUCGAGCUGUACAACGGGUACGACGCCAACUCACAUCGACUCGGCCGCUUCUGUGGUUCAGGGCCCAGGGAGGGCAUCUACUCGCCCGGAGGUGCUAUGCUGAUCCGUUUCCACAGUGACGACACAAUCAGCAAGAAGGGCUUCCACAUCCGCUACACGAGCACCGAGUUCCAGGAGAGCCUUCACACCAGGAAAUGACCUCACACGCAGCCCGUGACCUCUGACCUUUGUGCAGCCCCACGCCACUGUCACCCUGACCUUCACCAUGGCAAUGAGAAAAGUACAGCCUGUCCCCUCUUCUCUGACCCGACAGACAGACGUGGACGUUUGUGGACGCUCGCCAGCCGCGGGAGGAAGACGACACUUUAUGUGAACAUUGGUCUCCCUCUGUGGCUCCACACAGGUCAUCGCACUCUUGAUACGAGACCGGAAAAACAAUGAGACAUCCACAAAAGCUUCAACCAACGUGACGACUGAGUGAGCCAUUUCUGUGGAAGAGAUGGUUUUCAUUACUGCACACCGAGCUACGCUCGCUAUGGAUGCUCAUGGUCGCAAAACAAAAGAGUACAAACAAACACAUAGACACACGAGAUUCAUAUUCAGAAUUAUAAACUACGGAUGCGUGAGGAGCGUCGACCUAAAACAAAAUGCAUCCAACCAGGGAGUUUAGAGACUUUUCCGACUCCUUGAACUGUGACUUACUGUGAUCAGACGGCUUCUCAAACCCACAGCAACUGAGAGGAAACGCUAAAUAGACAUUUUUAUUGCCUUUGAUGCCUGGGAACUGGUCUCUUCAGCCCAGCUCAGAACGGCUGCAGAUGAUUUUAUUUCAUGUCUUAUUGUAAAACCCAUUGUGUUUACUGUAUGUGUGUACAGAGAAAAAGAAAAAACUAAAUUCUGGAGUCCGUCAUUUGCCCUUUUUGCUUAAAGCUUAUGCAGACGACCAUCGUGGAAUGGGAAAAAAUAUAUAAAAAUGCAAAUUGUGAAUUUCCAAAUGAUCUGUGAUGUUAUUAUUAAGCCUUGCAUUAUGUUAUGUGUGUGUGUGUGUGUGUGUGUGUGUGUGUGUGUGUGUGUGUGUGUGUGCGUGCGUGUGUGUGUCCAUGCUGUUUUUGAGUUUGCACCGUCUUGUAGCAAACUUUCAUGGAUGUUUCCGUUUUUCCACCUCACCCCAAAAUAAAAAGUGGAUAUCGGAAGGGAAUAUUUUCAUAGCUGUCUCUCGGAGUGAUACCAUUCUGAUUGAAGGAGAGAUUCCCAUGGUGCUAAAAAUAAAAAAAUACAUUGAAUGACAGACGAGUUUGGUUGGAAGAUCAGGUUUUGGAAACACAGUCAGCGUGCAAACAGCACACUGCAUCAACAGCACUAGUCCUGUGGAACUACAAUAUUGCCUUACAACCAAAAUGUAUGCUGCAGAAGGUCGCUCCUAUGCUCUUGUGGCAGUGUAUUGCAUUUGUUUGGAGAGCUUGAAUGGUUUUAUUGUCAAAAAAAAAAGCAACAACGAAAAA